AUGCCAGACAUCGACCCCGCGGCUUUGAGCCGUCCAUCUGUCAGCCUCACGACUCCUAUUCUAUCCAACAAGACACUUGCAGGCUCUCUAUCUGGCGUGCCAAAGAUUGCGAAGUCGAGUCAGAUCAUCCCUGCACGAAUUGACCUGGAACCGCUAUAUACUGCGCUCAAGGCCGCCGUUGGCAACGAGAAAUGGGCGAUAUAUAAGGAAUCUACCAGCGAGUUCCUAACAGGACGCUUAAAUCAGGCUGAAUACUCGGAACGAAUAGACCCUAUCCUCGCGGGUCCAGGCGACAAAGAACACUUACAUAACAACCUUAUCGCCGCUAUAUAUGGAAAUGUUACUCGAGAGAUGCCUGACCAAGGACUGGCGCCUUGGGUCAGCGCUAACGACAAGCCUGCGGCGACGACGGGAACUAAGCCAGUAUCAGGGGAUGCUGCUGAACGGAGGCUGAAGGGAGAUGUUAUGCAAUUACCAACACGAGAUCGUAGGCGCAUCAAGGAUCUGGUUCAGAACGAUGUUGGUAUUUCCGAAUUACCUCCAGUUUACUUGCUAACCGAUUACAAGUGGGAUCCGCACGAGAGCAUAUCGAAUGUAUUUGCAGACACACAUCGCAAGCCUUCCACGGUGACUGAUGCCACCCCAACAGUUGGGGGUAUCAACAACAUGAAUUUCGACUUGGAGAUUCGAAAACGAUAUGCCCAACCCCUAGCGAUCGAAUCCGGAGAAUUCCCCGACAUCAAUAUGAUUUCAGGCCGAAUGCUUCCCUCAUGCUACGAGGCAGGACUGGUCAAUGGCCACACAACAGAUGCUCCUCAAUUCAUGUCGGUGGCCGUGGAAACUUUCAUUAAAGAAGUCCUCACGCAAGUGUUCAGUCGCACAAGGAGUAACGGGCCUGGCGAUUCGGGCAGCGCUGGAUUCGGUGUCGGAACAACAUGGAUUCAGACGCAAAAGUACAAGAGACAACUGGAAUAUGAAGAAGAAGCUGCGAUGCGGGGCGAGGUUGCCCGAGAUAAGGGUGGACUUCUCCCGAUCGAGUCCAAGGCUGCAAGUGAACGAGGUCCUCUGGGAAUGUCUGACCUUCGUCUGUCCUUGGAGAUGUCUGAAACAGGGAUGGCCCAGUUCCCCGUAUUGAUGACCCAAGUGAUAUACGGCUACCGAGAAGGUGAGUUGGAGAAUUGGGACGACUACACUUGGGUCUACGACCAGGCACCUCCAAGAACCACAGAGGAAAGGCAUGGCCCAGAGGUAAACGGAGGACAUGUUUACGAACUUCCCAAUGGGCAUCCUGAUGCUAUGGAUAUCGACACCGAAGCCUGGUGGGAAGGCGCAGAGAGCCAGGAUGCCGACAUGCUUGAUAGCGUUCUGGACUCGUGCCUCGCGGCAGGAUCUUAG